GCGCCAGGGGGCGCGCUCCCCCCUCCGGCCCCGCCCCCGAAGCCGUUGGGAUUCGAAUCUCCGGCGGGCUGCGGGAGGAAACGUCGAUCCCUCAGUCCGGCAUGGAGAUCCCGGGUCCCAGCGCACGGUGCCCGGUGCAAGAGCAGCGUGCCCGCUGGGAGCGGAAACGCGCCUGCACUGCCCGGGAACUGCUGGAGACUGAGCGGCGCUACCAGGAACAGCUGGGGCUGGUGGCCACGUACUUUGUGGGGAUUCUGAGAGCCAAGGGCACCUUGCGACCACCAGAGCGCCAGGCCCUGUUUGGGCCCUGGGAGCUCAUUUACCGCGCCAGCCAAGAGCUGCUUCUCCACCUUGAAGGAGGGCGCUGGGGACAGGGGCUGGAGGACUUCUGUCCCCACCUGGAGCUCUACACCCAAUUUGCUGCCAACGCUGAGAGGUCCUGGACCACCCUGCAGGAGCAACUAAAGAAGAACAGACGUUUCCGGAGGUUUGUGCGACUUCAGGAAGGUCGUCCUGAGUUUGGGGGUCUUCAGCUCCAGGACCUGCUCCCUCUGCCUCUGCAAAGGCUCCAGCAGUAUGAGAAUCUUGCUGUUGCUUUGGCUGAAAACACAGGCCCCAACAGCCCUGACCAGGAACAGCUGGCAAGGGCAGCCCGGCUGAUAAGUGAGACUGCCCAGAGAGUCCACACCAUUGGUCAGAAACAGAAGAAUGACCAGCACCUCCAGCGUGUCCAGGCUCUGCUUAGUGGACGGCAGGCAAAGGGGCUUACCUCAGGUCGCUGGUUCCUACGCCAGGGCUGGCUGUUGGUGGUGCCUCCCCAGGGGAAGCCUCGGCCCCGAAUGUUCUUCCUUUUCUCUGACGCGCUCCUCAUGGCCAAACCUCGACCUCCAUUGCACCUGCUGCAGAGUGGCACCUUUGCCUGUCGGGCUCUCUACCCCAUGGCGGAGUGUCAGCUCCAGAGGGUCUUUGGCCACUCAGGAGGCUCUUGUGGUGGACUGCUCAGCGAGCCAGAAGAACUAGAGGAAUCUUAUGAAUUCCAGAGUCCAGGAUACCUCAGGGAUAGGUCAGAGUUGGGAGUACAAAGCAAUCUUCUUUAGUACUAACAAAACACAGACUCUUCAUAGUUAGAGCAGAGUCAGUUUGUGUUUGCCUGGGACCCAGACAUGCCACGUCAUUUGACCAGCUCUUAAGAAUGUGGCACAGUGGGAUCAGUGGUGUCUUGGGAGCCCUGGAACGUGGGUUUGAUCCCUGGCCUGGCACAGUCGGUUAAGGAUCUGGUGUUGCCACAGCUGCGAAUUAGGUCACAAGUGAGGCUCAGGUCUGAUCCCUGGCCUGGGAGCUCCACAUGCCACGCAACAGCCGAAAAAGAAUCAGGACACCAAGUCUGAACCUACUGAACCUCUGCUGAAACGGCCCCUCCAACACAAAGGAGGGGAUUUGGGACUGAUAAGCUCUGUGCUCUAUCUGGACAGCUACUUACCAAGGUUGCAGCUUUGCAAAUGUGUCUACUUUUAUGUUGCAUGUAGUUUUUAUAAUUUAUUUUCCCACCAGAUUUUAGUAAAGUUUUUUUCCUUUUUGGAGAAGGCUUUCUGUCUCAGCUAUGUGAUAUGAGAAAAGGGAUUUUUGUGCCCUGAUAGCUGGUGUGAUGGUGGCCUCAGGAAUACAAAAAGGACUGGAGCUCCCUCUAUCUUCUGGGCUCCUGCACUGGAAGGCGGCUUCUUUUUGUCCUAAUAAGGGAAGCUUUUCAAGAAGGCCCAGCUGCUCUUAGGCACCUAGUAUGGAUGUGUGUGUUUGUGUGACCAGCUGGAAUGGAAAAAG